AUGACCAUUAACGACCAACAAUCCCAAAUGAUGGGAGAGAUAAAGAACAAAAUGGGAAAGUUGACCACGUCGGUAGGGAUCCUACAACAAGAAAAGGGAAAGUUUCCUACCCAAUGUCAAGCGAACCCCCAAGGCCAACAUUUUGUUAGCUCUUCGGUGAUUUUCCUCGAGCAAGCAAAGUCUAUCAUCACGUUGAGAAGUGGGAAGGCCGUGGAUAAUGCUAUCGUAGUUCUGCCGGUUACACCUAUCUUGUUGCCCUUCCCAGUACCAUCAAAGCCAUCAUCAACACUUAGGGAAUCUCCCAAGCAAGCGUCGGCGGAAAAGGAAAAGGAAAGUGACCCUAUCCCACAAGUCUCUCCUAUACUAGCGCCAUACCCUCAACGGUUAAGGGCAUCACCUAAACCAAGCUCCAAUGCUGAAGUGUAUGGGUUGUUUCAACAAGUCAAGGUUAACAUUCCUGUAGUAAAUGCCAUUAAGCAAAAACCCUCUUACCCAAAGUUCUUGAAAGAUUUGUGCACCGUGAAACGCAAAUUGAAUGUACAAAAGAAGGUGUUCUUGACGGAGCAGGUUAGCUCCAUCAUUCAAACCGACAUCGCUCUCAAGUACAAAGAUCUAGGGUGUCCAACUAUAUCCAUCGUGAUUGGGGGGAAAAGGAUUAAAGCACUUCUUGACUUGGGUGCUAGUGUGAACUUGUUGCCUUAUUCUAUAUAUGAACAAUUGGGUUUGAGGGAGAUGAAGCCCACUAAGGUCACUCUCCAACUGGCGGACUAUAGUAUCCGGAUUCCUUGUGGAAUGGUGGAAAAUGUGCUUGUCCAAAUAGAUAAUUUUGUUUACCCUGUGGACUUUGUGGUUUUGGACACGUGUCCGGUUCCCGUGGCUCAAGCGACAACUCCCAUUAUUCUCAAGCACCCUUUUCUUGUAACAUCUGAAGCCGUCAUUCAUUGCCGAGCUGGGUUGUUGAACAUGACCUUUGGAAACAUGAAGAUGGAGUUCAAUAUUUUCAAUGCCAAUGGAGGAAUGGGGGAGAAAGCUGAUGAUCAUGCGAUAAAUAUGGUGGAUAUUUGCUUUUCCCUCUUUGUGACGGUUUGUGGGCAGCCUAAAGAAAUGGAUGCUGAGGUGGAUUAUUUAUACUCUUUACUAGCUAAGCAAGACGCUUAUGAACCUAUCUUUAAGGAGUUAGCACCUAUGGAACCUAAAGUUGUCUCUUCCGAUCUCCUAUAUCUCGAUUCUUCCCAACAGAAAUUACUCCUUGCUCAUGAGAUGACCAUGCUUGAAACGUCAAGCGUCUACUAUGAAGAUCCGUUGGAAAACCUCUCACCGCUAAGGAAAUGGAGGCCGAAGUGGAUUACUUGUAGUCAUUGUUGGCUAAACAAGAUGCUUAUGAACCAAUCUUUAAAGAGUUGA